UAUUCAAUUCGUUCUUUUCCCGCCAUACUUUCUUCUUAUCACCAAAACAACAACAAUUCUAACAACAAUAUCAACAUCAGUAUCAGCAGCGGCAACUUUGGAUUGGGGUAUCAGAUGGCGACGAGCCCCGACGGUUCAUCUCCUCGGAAGAGUAUCACGACUUCCGAUCGUCUACGGCAUGUGGAUUCCAUGUCUACUCUCCCCUCGGGCGCCGGCAGGAUCUCGCACCUGAACGCCGUCAUCUUGGGGGACUCCCUCGCUUCCGAAGAGUACGAUAUGGUCUUUCCCAGCCCCGAGUUCUCCCGUCACGCUCUCGUCCCGUCUCCCGAAAAGUAUAUGGAAAUGUAUAGGAAGUCAAUUGUGGAUCCCGCCGGAUUCUGGUCGGAGAUUGCAUCGCUAUUCUACUGGAAACAGAAAUGGAGCGACAAAGUCUACUCCGAGAACAUGGAUGUCAGGGAAGGCACUAUCAAGAUCGAGUGGUUCAGAGGUGGGAUCACAAACAUAUGCUACAAUGCACUGGAUAGAAACAUCCAGGCUGGACUUGGUGCCAAAACUGCAAUCUAUUGGGAAGGCAAUGAACUCGGUCAAGAUGGCAGCUUGACCUAUAUUGAUCUUCUGGAGAGAGUUUGCCAACUCGCCAAUUACUUGAAAGAUAUUGGUGUUGGUAAGGGAGAUGCCGUCAUCAUAUAUUUACCCAUGCUGAUGGAAUUGCCCAUUGCAAUGUUGGCCUGUGCUCGCAUUGCUGCCGUACACUCGGUUGUAUUUGCUGGAUACUCCGCCGAUUCUCUUGCCCAGAGAAUCAUGGAUUGCAAACCAAAAGCUGUGAUAACUUGCAAUGCAGUUCGUAGGGGCUCCAAAGUUAUCCAUCUCAAAGACAUAGUAGAUGCUGCACUGGUUGACUCAGCCAAGAAUGGGGUCUCUGUAGAUGUAUGUUUAACUUAUGAAAACCAGUCAGUGAUGAAGAGGGAAUCUACAAAUUGGAUGGAAGGAAGAGACAUUUGGUGGCAGGAUACUGUCCCUAAAUAUCCGACAACAUGUGAUGUGGAAUGGGUUGACGCAGAAGACCUGCUUUUUCUGCUCUAUACUAGUGGGAGCACAGGAAAACCAAAGGGUGUUAUACACACGACUGGUGGAUAUAUGGUAUACACUGCAACAACAUUCAAAUAUGCAUUUGACUACAAGCCAUCUGAUAUACACUGGUGCACAGCUGAUUGUGGUUGGAUUACUGGACAUAGCUAUGUUACUUAUGGUCCUCUGCUAAAUGGAGCAACUGUGAUAGUUUUUGAAGGGGCUCCAAACUAUCCAGAUCCUGGACGUUGUUGGGACAUUGUUGAUAAGUACAAAGUAACAAUUUUCUACACUGCCCCCACAUUGGUGCGAUCCCUCAUGCGGGAGGGGAAUGAGUAUGUGGCCCGCUACUCUCGCAAAUCAUUACGAAUCCUCGCGAGUGUGGGAGAGCCCAUCAAUCCAAGUGCAUGGAGGUGGUUUUUCAAUGUCGUUGGAGAUUCAAGAUGCCCUAUAUCAGACACCUGGUGGCAAACUGAGACUGGUGGCUUCAUGAUAACUCCAUUGCCGGGUGCCUGGCCACAGAAACCUGGUUCUGCUACUUUCCCUUUCUUUGGUGUCCAGCCAGUUAUAGUUGAUGAGAAGGGUAAUGAGCUUGAAGGCCAGUGCAGUGGAUACCUAUGUGUAAAGAGCUCAUGGCCCGGGGCCUUUCGUACUCUUUAUGGUGAUCAUGAAAGAUAUGAAACUACUUAUUUCAAGCCAUUCCCAGGCUAUUAUUUCUCUGGUGAUGGCUGCAGCAGGGACAAGGAUGGCUACUAUUGGCUCACUGGAAGAGUUGAUGAUGUUAUUAAUGUCAGUGGACACCGAAUUGGCACAGCAGAAGUGGAAUCUGCUCUCGUCUCACACCCCCAAUGUGCUGAAGCAGCUGUGGUUGGGUUUGAGCAUGAGGUCAAAGGGCAGGGCAUCUAUGCAUUUGUUACCUUGGUUGAGGGUGUUCCUUACAGUGAGGAACUCAGGAAAAGCCUUGUAGCUGCAGUCCGAAACCAGAUUGGUGCAUUUGCUGCUCCUGAUAAAAUUCAUUGGGCACCUAGUCUUCCAAAAACAAGGAGUGGGAAGAUAAUGAGAAGGAUUCUAAGGAAAAUUGCAUCUAGACAGUUGGAUGACCUUGGAGAUACAAGCACGCUUGCUGAUCCGAGUGUGGUUGAUCAGCUAAUAGCACUCACUGAUUGCUGAAGGUCUGGAUUUCAAAAGGUCAGAGGAGAGGCCAGUUUCAGGAGCAGUCUUAUUCUAGGAUUCACGAGGGAAUCCAAAAACGUUCCAGGUCUCUUUUUGUCCUUGGGGCGCUUUGUAUCGGACUACAUAAUUUAUUACAAUAGAUGUGAUCAAGGAAUUUAUUAGUCAAAACU